AAAAAAAUCAAAAAUCUCUUAUCUAUCUAUCUUGAGAAAAUUCCCUUGUUAGCUUGGAUUUGCCCAUUGGGAUUCUUUGAUUUGUUCUCUCAGAACAUUGAGUAGAAACUUGUGUGUGAUCACCUAAAUCUGAGGUUUUUAUCUACUAAUUUUUGUGUUGAGAUUUUUCAGGUUUAUGAUGUUUGGUCUCCAAAGGAAAAGUAACAAGGAGAAGCACCCACGACUUUUUGUCUCUCAAACCUCCUUUAAAUAUGCUUUGAAUACUUUUGAUGAGAUUGUUGAUGUGCAGCAAAAACCAAUUUGGUGGAGCAAAGAGCAUGUCAAUACCUCCAAAGAUGUGGCUGAUCCAAAAAGGCAACAUUUUCAGUUUGAUGUCCAACAAUUUUGUGAUAACUUUGUGAAGGGUGUGGACAAAGCCCUCAAGGACGUCAGCAAGAGCCAAAAGAAGAGCACAUCCACACGUGCCCAAGUAGCUGAGCCAUCCUUUUCCAUCAGUAAGAAAACCCAAGGUGAAUCUGAAAACUGUUUUGAAGAAUUUAAAGAUUUUUCAGAUUCUUCACCUAUAUUUGAUGAAACUGAUGAAGAACCAAUUGAAAGUUUGAUGUCUUGUGAAGAAAGUUGUGACCUUCCUUAUCUUGAAUCUGAGUUUAUAAAUGAUAAUGAACAGGCUAAUGUAGAACUAACUAUUUUGCAACCGGAGCAUCCGAGUAGCCUUGUUUUGUCUCAACAGGUUUUUGAGGAAGAGCCACUGGAUAUUCCACAUCAGUGCCCAUGUCUUGACAUUUGGACAUCUUUGGAUGAAGUCCCAGAACCUAUCUUUGAUGAGGAGGACGAACCUGAUCCAGUCUUUGAUGAAGAAGCAACAAGCAUCAUAUCCACCUUUAUGGAGAGCCAUCUUUGCUUUGAUUCCGGCACAACUACUGCUCCUUCAUCUCCUGCCCCUUUGCUUCAUGAUCUUCAAGAGCACUGUGAGGAACCUUCUUCUCUUAAUUCUCUGCCUGACAUGGUUGUGAAAGUCAGUACUGAUGAUGUAACUCGUUUUAGUCUUGACAAGAUGAAAGAUUUUUGUGUUUCAAAAUCUGUUUUUGAUAACAUGAUUAAUUCUUUAAAAAUCUUUGAACCUGAUAAAUGUCUUGAUCAAUCACGUUUUCAAAAUGUCAAUGGCAUUACUUCUGGAAUUAUUUUGAGCUCUGAUCAGUUCUUGGAACAUAACAAAGGUUUUCAUCUUCUUGGAAGGCCAUUUGAUCUUGAUUUGCAACAAACUGAUUUUUGUGCUGAAAAAUCUCUUGAUUCGUUAGUUUGCAAAGGAAAUAGCUUUGAUCUGAGUUCUUCUAGACAUGUACUGAUCACUGAUGAAUUGUUUGCAUCCUCUUAUGCCUUGGACGAAAUUUUGAUUCAGAAGUUGUUGGAACAGAAAUCACUUGAAACUGAAAAUGAUUUUCGUGAUCUUGAAUUUUGUGGUUCUGUUUUGCAGCCUGAUCUCUUGAGUUUUGAAACUGAUAAUACUUGGCAUUUUCUGAGAUCAUUUCGUGAUAAUGGUGUUGUCUUGAGUUCUGAUGAUAUUUUGGUUUACAACACAUUCUUUGAGAAAUGCCUUGAACUUUUGAUAAAUGAUUCUCAAACUGAACUUCAGCUUGUGUGUUCAGAUGUUGGGAAGGAUAUGCCCAUUUUGAAAAUGAAUACUGUUGUUGCAUAUCUUGAUAAAAUUAUUGUCUGUAAUAUUUACUUUGAUGAGCACCUUGAAAGGCUGAAAAAUGUGCAAUUUGUUCUUGGAAAAGAUAUCUUGAUUUGUGAUUUGAACAAAUAUUUAUCUUGCACAUUUGAUCCUGGUCUUUUAGUGUUUGUUUUGAGUAUCCAGGAAAGACAGGUUCAGCCUCUGAAUGAAAGAAUUGGCCGUGCCCAACAACCUCAGAUUUGGAGAAGCUUUGUUGUUCAAACCGGCUACCUUGGUGCCAGCGACAGAGGUUCAGUCCAAGAAGGAUAUCUCAACAGUCCGAAGGAUAAGCAUGAUCAGUUUCUAAGGAGAGCAAGCACCAAUGGACCCCAAAGUACUUGGAAUUCCUUGAUAAAAAUGACUUCAAAACUCCAAGGAAGUUUCUGUCCAUUAUAUUCAUUUACUUAAUUUCCCUUGAAUUUUAAUUCCUUUGUAUCUGAUUUAUCUCUUUUUGAUAUAGGUACAUUGGAUUUGAGGACAAAUCCUUUUGAAGAAAGAGGGAAUGAUAGACCGCGGUCCACGGAUCAGUACAUGGAGCCGAACCAGCAUGAAGUUCAGGAUGUUCUGAAGUUUUCAACCGAGGUUCAUGAUUUUCACCAUACUGGCCAGACUGACCGGACUGUCCCAAAUGCAUCCGGAUGUAAGCUUUGGCUGGAACCAUGGCCAGAUGAUCGAUUUCACUGUACUGGACUUUGUCUUCAUCGUCCUGUUUUCCAUUUGAUGAAGAACAGUCGAGACGGAAUCGCAUUCGGACGCACGGAUCCUGAGUUAGGUCAUUGCUAUACAUUUCUGGACAGUACCACAUGUACCGCCCGGAUGUCCAGUUUGAGGUUUCAUCAAUA